AUGUUGAAAUGUACUUUGAAUACUUCAGUUAAUAAUAAGCCUAGUUUUUCAACAGUGAACAAAGCUGAAGUACAAAAAUUUAGUGACAAAGCAUCAGAAUGGUGGGAUCCUUCAGGUGAAUUCUCCAUGUUACAAUUAUUGAAUCCACCUCGCGUGUCUUAUGUACGUGAUCAGCUUUUUGGAGUAGAUAGUGAAGCAACAAAGAGCGGAAUUCCAUUUAAAGGGAUUCGAAUGCUAGAUAUUGGAUGCGGGGGAGGUUUAUUAUCCGAGUCGCUUGUAAGACUAGGUGGAAAUGUUGUAGGUGUAGAUGCUUCUUAUGAUAAUAUUCAAAUGGCCAAGUUACACGCUCGUAAAGAUCCUGUUUUAUGGCGUGGACCUGGGAAGAUUGAAUAUAGAAAUUCAACAGCUGAGGAGAUGUUGAUGAGUGGAGAAUUAUUUGAUGUAGUAUUAGCUAUGGAGAUUAUUGAACAUGUAGAUCAACCUUUAGAAUUUUUAAGAACGUGUGCGCAACUAACAAGACCAGGAGGAGACCUCUUUUUGAGUACCAUGUCACGUACCCCUGCAGCUUAUGUCUUGACUGUUUUAUUAGCAGAGAAGGUGCUUGGUAUGGUCCAUGACGGUACUCAUGAUUGGUAUAAAUAUAUUAAGAGUCAAGAAUUAAAAGAUGCUAUUGAAUCAUUUGGAGAUGAUUGGGAAGUUAAAGAUAUUCGUGGCAUCUUAUGGAAUCCUCUAAGUCGUGAAUGGAAAGUAGCUGAACGUAAUGGAAUAGUGGGUAUUGGAGGAUAUGAAUCCUUAGAAGUGAAUUAUAUUAUGAGGGCUUCUAAAAGAUUAAAAUAAAAAAUAAAAAAACAAGAAUUAUAUCUUUAUUUAUUUAUU